AUGGCUCCUCGUCGAAGACAAAAAACAGGAGUACAAGCUUUUUUACACGUGUGCCUCUCUGUUUCUGUUGUUUUUUCAUACAAUAUAGACUUAAAACAUCCUUUGGUGUUCCGUGGACCUAAUUCUAGUUUUUUUGGCUACUCUGUGCUGGAGCAUUAUCAUGACAACACUCGCUGGGUUAUUGUAGGGGCUCCCAAGGCCAACUCUACCUAUAGUAGUUCUGUGCACGUUCCUGGUGCUGUUUUCAAGUGUAGAGUCCACAGCAACCCGGAGCGCCGCUGCACAGAGAUGGACUUGGGAAGAGGAAACAAGCCCCGGGAGUCCUGCGGGAAGACGUGCCAAGGGGACAGAGACGACGAGUGGAUGGGAGUUAGCUUGGCCCGUCAGAACAGAGCCGAUGGCAAAGUACUGGCCUGUGCCCACCGCUGGAAAAAUGUCUACUAUGACUCGGAGCAUAUUCUACCGCAUGGAUACUGCUCGAUCAUCCCACCGAAUCUCCAGGGCAGGACACAGCCUCUCAUUCCAUGCUAUGAAGAUUAUAAGCAGAAGUAUGGGGAAGAGCACGGCUCCUGCCAAGCUGGGAUAGCGGGAGUUUUCAGAGAGGAGCUGGUGGUGAUGGGGGCCCCAGGGUCUUACUACUGGACGGGGACAAUUAAGGUUUACAACCUGACGUCUGACACCUUCUACAGUCCAAACAAAGACGAUGUCGACUCCCAUAGAUACAGCUACCUUGGCUAUGCUGUAACUGCAGGACACUUCUGCUCCCCUAAUGUGAUUGACAUAGCUGCAGGCGCCCCUCAGCACAACGGCAGCGGAAAGGUUUACGUUUUCAAAAUUGAUGGCGGAUCUUUGGUGAAGAGUUUUCAAGCCUCAGGGAAAAUGAUGGGCUCUUACUUUGGCUCCUCAUUGUGUGCAGUUGAUCUGAACAAGGACGGCCUGUCAGACCUGCUGGUGGGGGCACCCAUGCACAGCCAGCUACGGGAUGAGGGCCGCGUAUUUGUGUACCUCAGCAUGGGCAAUGGGGUAAUGGAGGAGCAUGCCAUUUUGACUGGGGACAAUGCUUACAACGCCCACUUUGGAGAGAGCAUUUCUUCAAUUGGAGACAUUGAUGACGAUGGCUAUCAAGACGUCGCCAUAGGUGCGCCGAAAGAGGACGACUAUGGAGGAGCUGUUUAUAUCUAUCACGGGGAUGGCACAGGAAUCAUCAGCAAAUAUUCAAUGAAAAUAACUGGGCGUAGUGUCAAUCCUGGUCUCCAGAUGUUUGGACAGGCCAUAUCUGGCAGUGUUGAUAUGGACGGCAAUGGAUACGCAGAUGUCACAAUUGGAGCUUUCAUGACGGAUAGUGUGGUGCUACUGAGGUCCCGGCCAGUCAUUACUGUGGACGUCUCCAUCUUCUUGCCUGUGUCCAUCAACAUUUCUGUACCUCAAUGCCACGAGGGUUAUAACGCAAACUGCUUCAACAUGACGGUCUGCAUGCACUUCCAUGGAAAACAACUUCCUGGACAAAUAGAGCUGCUGUACAACCUGACGGCUGACGUGGAAAAGAGACAAAAGACCCUUCCUUCCCGGGUGUACUUCAUUCAAAGUGGCUCUCAGAUCAGCCAGAAAAGCCAGCAACUCAGCCUUGAUGUCAACAAGGAAAAGUGCCAGCGCUACACGGCCUAUGUCAAAAAGGAUGUUAAAGACGUGUUCACAGCCAUCACAUUUGAGGUGGCAUACAGCCUAGGGAAGCAUGUAUUAGGCGGACACCAGGAGCAAGACCUGCCUGCACUCACCCCAGUGCUACGCUGGAGGAAGGGAAACAAGAUUGCUGUUAGGAAUGAGACUUGGUUUGAGAAGAACUGCCUGUCAGAUGACUGCGCUGCAGACCUACGUCUCCAUGGGAAGCUGUUGCUUUCUGGGACACACAGCAGGCCCCAUUUGGCCCUGGGAGGAGUCAGGAAUGUCUCCUUGAACUUGACCAUCUCCAACGCUGGAGAUGACGCAUAUGACACCAACGUCUAUCUCAACUUCUCCCGAGAGAUUUUCUAUAUCAACUUCUGGCAGAAGGAAGAGAAGGGCAUUUCCUGUGAACUUGUCGAAUUGGACUUCCUCCGAUGCAGCGUGGGAUUUCCCUUCAUGAGAGCUCAGACGAAGUACCAUUUUGCAGUUCUUUUUGACACAAGUCAGCUCUCUGGGGAAAAUGACACACUGCAGUUUUUGGUGCAAGCAAAGAGCGCCAAUCCUGAGCACAAACUCUCGGACAAUAUUCUGGAUAUAUCCAUCCCGCUGAUUCAUGAGACUGACACAACAAUUACUGGUGUGGUGACACCGAGUUCAUUUGUGUAUGGAAACUCCAUCGAUGCCUCACGCUUUGUCCAGCUUCAAGGCAUGGAGUGUAGCUUCCAGCCACUCAAUGUGACUUUCCAGGUGAUAAAUAACGGCCCCAGCCGGCUACCAGGCUCCACCGUGGAUAUCAGGAUUCCAAACCGGUUGGCUGGCAAUGGAGCUGAUAUGUUCCACAUUGUUGAAACACAGGUGGCUGAUAGCCGAGGAAACUGCACCCCACAUAGGAACCCGGCACCAUGCAUGAUCCCCCAGGAUCGAGAGAGCAUCUUCCAUACUUUGUUUGCCUUUUUCACCAAAUCAGGCCGCAAAGUCCUGGACUGCGACCGGCCAGGAAGAGCGUGUAUGACAAUCACCUGCACGUUGGGGCCACAGCUAAAAGAAGAAGCUUUGAACAUAGAUAUCAAACUUCUACUCAAUACUGAAAUUCUAAAAACGGAUACUUCCUCUGUGGUUCAAUUUGUGACACGAGGCCACGUGCAAGUAAAUGAUAGGACAGUGGAGGUGCCUAAAGGCUUGCCAGAAGAUAUCUCUCUGAUCUUUGAGGCGCUACACAGUCAGGAGCCCAGAGGCUAUGUGGUGGGCUGGAUCAUCGCCAUCAGUCUGCUGGUGGGCAUCCUCAUCUUUUUGCUGCUCGCUGUGCUGCUAUGGAAGAUGGGCUUCUUCCGUCGGAGGUACCGCGAAAUCAUCGAGGCGGAGCGGAACAGAAAGGACAGUGAUGAUAGCUGGGACUGGAUGGAAAAGAACCAUUGA